CCCCCUCGACUUCCCUCACCGCCGCCGUCGCCACUCGCGAUAUUACAUGUACAAAAGCUCAGGGCUGGAAGGAGAGAACGAGCUUGCUUUGCUCGGUGGUAGCCAUGGCGACGCGGGCGCUCUCUCAGAAGGAGCAGGACAUACAGAUGAUGCUCGCCGCCAACGUCCACCUCGGCGCUAGGAACUGCGACUUCCAGAUGGAGCGCUACGUUUACAAGCGACGACCUGAUGGUGUCCACAUCAUCAACCUUGGCAAAACUUGGGAGAAGCUUCAGCUAGCAGCUAGGGUUAUAGUUGCCAUUGAGAAUCCUCAGGAUAUUAUCGUCCAAUCUGCAAGGCCGUAUGGUCAGAGAGCUGUUUUGAAGUUUGCACAGUUCACAGGUGCUCAUCCUAUCGCAGGGAGGCAUACACCAGGAACAUUUACCAAUCAGCUGCAGACAUCCUUUAGUGAACCUCGUCUUCUAAUUCUUACUGAUCCUAGAACUGACCACCAGCCUAUCAAGGAAUCUGCUUUGGGAAACAUUCCAACAAUCGCCUUCUGUGACACGGACUCUCCAAUGCGAUACGUUGAUAUUGGAAUCCCGGCAAACAAUAAAGGAAAGCUCAGUAUUGGUUGUCUCUUUUGGCUGCUGGCAAGAAUGGUUCUGCAGAUGCGUGGCACUAUUCCCCUUGGACGUAAAUGGGAAGUAAUGGUUGAUCUGUUCUUCUAUAGAGAUCCUGAGGAGGCCAAGGAACAGGAGGAAGCAGAGGCCCCAGUUGCUCCUGAGUUUGGUGCAGUUCCAGACUAUGGUGCCAUGGUACCAAAUGAUCAGUGGACUACUGAACAGUGGAUGCCUGAUGCAGCUGUACCUGCUGGUGUUCCUCCUGUGGCUGGAGUUGAGUGGACUACUGGUCAAGCACCUGUAGCCGCUGAGGGAUGGGAUGCGGCUGCUGCUCCACCAGUGGAAGGUGUUGUUUCUCCUGGUGUUCCGUCUGGUUGGGAGGCGGCUGCACCUGCUGCUCCCGCACCGUCAGGCUGGGAGUAAUUGGGAGCCGUGUGCUAGAGUUUAAAUUCAUGAGUCCAAAUGGUCUCUCUUAUCAGGCUGGGAGUAAUUGGGAGCCCGUGUGCUAGAGUUUCAAUUCAUGAGUCCAAAUAGUGUCUCUCUUAUCGGAAUUUGAUUUUUUUUUGUCUGGGUAGUACAUUUAGAACCUCAAUGGUGCUUUUGUUUACCAUAUUUCAGCUUCCAGCGCUGAAUUAGUUGGCUUUGUGUUGUUUUUGUUUCUUCACUUCUUGGUUGCCUUAAAAGAUGACAACAAAUUUUGAUGCAGUAUCUUAAAUUUAUAUUUUCCUUAAUGAAGUUUGAAGUUUAUUACA